GCCCGCAGGGCCGGUACCAUCGAACCCUUCUCGGCCAUAAUCAACCCUCUCCCGACCUAGAAAUUGAACAUAUAUGCAUUUGGUACUGGUGACAAUGCUGAGCUGGGUCUUGGGCCAGAGGUUAACGCAAAGGCUGUCAAGCGUCCUAGAUUGCAUGCUCAUCUCCUCCCCAAUAAGGUGGGAAUAGUCGCCAUUGCAGUUGGUGGUAUGCAUGGCUUAGCCCCAUCAUACGAGGGGAGGGUAUACUCGUGGGGUGUCAAUGAUGAUCAGUACGCUCUUGGGAGAGCGACUACGCAUACACCUCUGACCAGGGUGGUCUAUUCCGGUGAUGAUGGCGACAGCGACAGUGAUGAAGAAGUGCCUUUGAAUCCAUUGGAGAGCACACCAAUGCUGAUUACAGGGUUUCCGGAGGGGACUGUGAUUACGAGCAUUGCUGCCAGUGACAGUAUCUCGAUCGCUGUUACCGACACCGGCAGGGUUUACGGAUGGGGAACAUUUAGGGUAUGUAAUUAAUUCUCCAUUCAGGAUUAGUAGGGUUAAUUUAUUGUUUAGUGCGCCGACGGCAUUCUCGGAUUCAAUGAGAGGACUAGUGUACAGGAUGUUCCAGUCCUGCUACCUACGCCCAGGGACAUCGUUCGGGUCAGUAUCGGCACUGAUCAUGUCCUUGGCCUUACGAAGGAAGGAGAUGUGUACAGGUGGGGCGACGGUCAGCAAUACCAGCUCGGGAGGCGCAUUUCUGAGAGACAUCGCCUCACCAGGCUGAACCCUCGCCAGGUGUCCCUUCCCGGCGCCAGGUCAAGUACGUCGCGACCGGCUCCUAUCGUUCUUUCGCAAUUACCUGGGAUGGCAGGGUCUGGGCAUGGGGACUCAAUCAAUAUGGGCAAUGUGGGAUAUGCGAGCCUCAGUGCACCGAGGAAGAUAGUACUGUGAUUCCUGUUCCUACCGUCGUCAAGUCUCUUGCAGGGUACAUAAUCGUUCAGAUAUCUGCCGGAGAACAUCACUCAACCGCCCUGACCGGGAACGGUGAGCUCCUGGUCUGGGGCCGUCUUGACAGUGGACAGCUCGGUAUAGACCCUGCAGCGCUUUCAGUGGAUGGUUGCGUCUGUGACGCGAGGGGCAACCCCCGCUACCUCAGGACCCCACAUGCUGUCCCUGGCAUCAGGUUCUCCACCAUUGGCUGUGGCACGGACCACAAUAUUGCCAUCUCGAUGGAGGGACAAGCAUCCUCUUAGAGCUUCAGUAGCAGUUAUCAAACCAGCCUCAGCCCCGACGCUGAUGACGAGAUCAUGACCCCUACAAGGAUUGAAAACACGGCCACCAGAGGUGUCAGAAUGACCUUUGCCGCUGCCGGUGGGCAAUUCUCCAUCCUCGCUGGAGUUCCCACGGAGCCUGCUAAUUGCGGCUAUUCGGGUGCCGAUACACAUGCCAAUAAUGUAGAUACUAAUGGUGAUGAGGAGGCGGCGGAAGAGGACGAGGGAGGCGAU